AUGCUUUUGCCCUCCAAGAAGGACCUCAAGACAACCACUCUGGAGGUCUUUGCCUUCUUCCAGUGGGCCCUCAGUGCUCUUCUGAUUGUAACCACCAUGAUCUGUCUCAACCUCUACCUGGUGGUGUUCAUGUCAUACUGGCCAAUCACUGUGCUCAUGUGUACCUGGCUGGCUUUUGAUUGGAAGACCCCUGAACGAAGUGACUGCUGGUUUGCCUGUGUGAGGAAUUGGUGCCUGUGGAAACAAUACUGCGAUUACUUCCCUCUCAAGGUGAGUCAUCCCAGAUCCCCAUUCGGGUCCCACUCAGGGCUAGUAGAUGUGCCAGGGUAGGGGUGGGGGGUGCCAUUCACAUCGAAGCCUGUGUGAAUGAUGCCACCUCCUGGGCUUAUGUCCCAUUCCUACUUUGGCCACUUUUCCACAGAGAUCUCUGGCUUCUCCAAGAUCUUUCUGGGCAUUACUCCUUAUAUGCUCACCUGGGCACCUUUCCUCAGAGAGUACAUAAUGUCUACAGGGGCCUGCUCUGUAAGCCAGUCCUUGAUGGAUUUUCUGCCUACCCAUAAAGGUACGGGUAAUAUGCUCAUUGUGGUGGUUGAUGGCCUGGCUGAGUGCCUCAGCAAACCAGGCUCUACCACCCUGGUCUUGAAGAAUUGGACUGGUUUUGUGCGCAUGGCCCUUUGGCAUGGGGUGGCUCUGAUACCUGCCUAUGUUUUUUGGAAAAUGGACCUCUAUGAUCAGUACAUUUUCACUCCUAGGAGUUUGGCCAACCGCUUCCAGAAGUGGUUCCAGAGUGUGGUACAUAUCUAUUCUUGUGCUUUCUAAGGGCGUGGCUUCACCGUGAACUCCUGGGCUUUGUCUUCUGCUCGGCCUGUAACCACCAUUGUCGGGAAACCUCUACAACUGCCAAAGAUUGAGAAUCCAAGCCAAGAGAUUGUGGCUAAAUACCAUGCACAUAGGAUACAUAUCGAUGCCCUAUGUAAACUGUUUGACCAGCAUAAGACCUAAUUUGGCAUCUCAGAGACCCAGGAGCUAGUGCUAGUUUGA